AGUCCCCGGAUGAGGGCAAGAUGGCGGCGCUGGUGGUGGCUGCGCUGCGGGCGCUGCAGAGGCUCUGCCGCGUCGCCCUGUUCCUCUCGCAGCUCUACGUCCUCUCCGGGCGCGGAUCAUUAAGCUUGCAGGAAUUUCAUUCACAACCUCAGCUGUCAAAGGUUGUAACAGUGCCUACCAGCACACACAUUCCAACUUCUAAAGUACCAGAGACAACAUCAAUUCCAUCCUACUUGACCCAGUGCCCUAGCAAUGGACUCUGCAGCCGGCUGCCUCCACAGUGUAUGUCCUGCAAAACAAACUACUCCUGUACCUAUGGGAAGCCGGUUGCUUUUGAAUGCGAAGCCAAUUCCCAGGUCCACUGUGUUGAUCAGAAAAACAAUCGCCAGAAAACCUUCAUGAUCAACAUGACUUGCCAGUUUUGCUGGCAGCUUCCUCCAUCGGAUUAUGUUUGUUCCGACCCCCCAAACUGUAAGACAGUCUCUUGCCCACGGGAGCGAUACAGUGCGAAUUGCACAGUGCGAGAUCAUAUUCAUUGUCUAGGCAACCGGGUCUUUCCCAAGAUGCUUUACUGCAACUGGACUGGGGGCUAUAAAUGGUCUACAGCCUUGGCUCUAAGCAUCACGCUUGGUGGUUUUGGCGCAGACCGUUUCUAUUUGGGCCAAUGGCGAGAGGGUCUUGGCAAACUCUUCAGUUUUGGUGGCUUGGGAAUUUGGACCCUCAUAGACGUGCUACUUAUAGGAGUCGGCUACGUGGGCCCCGCAGAUGGCUCGCUCUACAUCUGAGCACUGAUGCACGAAACCUCAGAAGUCAAUCACACAGGAAGAUACACAAACUGAACUUCAAGAAGAAACCUAGCAUCACCUGUUCCGUGUGUGUGUGUUUGCGCGUGUGUGCGCGUAUAUAUAUUUAAUGUACAGCAUCUGUACUUGGCCUGCCUUUAGCUUAAGGUAAAAUAAAUGAAUCACUGAAGGA